AUGGAGCUAGGACUGGGAAGAUUUUCUUUCAUUGAAACCGAAGUUGAAGAACAAAAAAUCAAACUGAUUAAGGAUCUCCAAAAAUCUUCACUGUCCAUCGUGUUAGUAGGCACAGCAUCUGACAACCCAGAAAUUAAUUAUGAUAAAAUCACUCUAAACUUAAAUGCAAGAGAAUAUAUUGAUAAUACACAUAAUAAAUUUCUUGUAUUUAACUUAUAUCACUUUCCAAAUGAUAACCAUCUGCUGUCUAUUACAACUAAAGUUCUACGCGGGUCAUCAUUAUAUAUUACUGGAUAUCUAUCAAUUAUUGAAAAACUUCUACUUGUUAGACUUACACAGAUAAAUUUCAUUGAAAACACUCGACCCUUACCUCACAAAUCUUCAAGUUAUGCUUGGGAAAAGAAUCAAACAAAUGAAUCUUUUACAAAUUCUACCCCAUCAGCCACGGAUAUAGCUAAGUCUCUUUUGGAGAAGACUAAUAAAAAGAGAGUGAGAAAUCAAGCAUCUACUUCAUCAAAUACUCUAAAGAUUCCAAAGCUUUCUUCUUUAGCUUUAUCUCAACCAAAAGAAGAUCAAGAAGAAGAGGAUACUUUGAUAUCUAUUCAACCAAAUACAAUUAAUGAUUCUCAGGAUGAA